AUGAGUGCCCUAAAAGACAUUUUGGCUCCGGAGCCAACAGAGACCACUCUUGCCGUCCUGCCAUCGUCGCAGCCCGAUGUCACUAUGGCCAACAUGCCACCUCCGAAAGCAUUGCCCAAACCGGACGAGACAAACGCGGACACGCCAAAGGAGGAAGUAGAUGAUGCGACAAGUGUUGGAAAUGGCAAUGGUACACGGCGCAAUGCGAACGGCAGUGUGUCAUCAGUGUAUUCUGGCAACAAGGUGAAGCAUUUGAAGAAAGAGGACGGCAUACCGUUAUGGCGGAAGGACAUCCAAUACGACUUUUUGCACCUGAUCUUCUACGACCAGACGAAGUGCUUUACCAAGUACAGCGACGGCACCACAGGCUGGACUUUUGCCGAAACAUACAUCGAUGCCAUGGCCAAGAGUAGCAAAUGUAGCAAGAUACUGAAAGAGAAGCUGCUGCAGGACACGGAAGGUGCAAUCGCAAUGGCCAUGGUGUGCCUCUUGGUCAACGUUGGACGUAUGAACACCACAUUAAAUUUCUUCCCCGAGAUGCGUGCUCAAUUACGCACAUAUCACAGUAUACCAGCACUGCAAGCCAAUCAGGAUCCAAACGCCUACAAACAGCUUCAGGAUGCUCCACGACUGAAGUCGAUAUUGAAAGGCGCCACCGAAGACGAGCCGCAACCCAGUACCAUGGACGAGUUGCGCACAGCCAAGCGACCUCGAACGAACCCGGUCAAUCUAAUCUUCGUCAUGAGCCAGUACGCUCCCAAAAUUAGCGAAAUGCAUUUCAAUCCACCUCGGGACUUCUUCGAUCUGGUCAUGCGCGGCAGUCUCAGCAGUGUCAGCCGAGCAAAGGCUUUCCUUUGGCUGAUCUGGUGGUACCUUGAAAGCGACUACAGCCUUGAGGACAGCCAGCGGAACCCAUUUGGGAAAGGCGAGUUUGGAGAAGGCGAAGAAGGCACCGAUGUACUUCCGCUGAAGGUGCCGGCUCUGGAAAGCUUGACCGAAGAGCAGGCGGCACUUGAAAAUAUCGACACGGAAGAUGAGCAGAGAUUUGGUGAGACCAAGCGGAAGGAGCGAAUCGCGAUUCUGGCAAGCGAGCCUAGCCCGGCGAUGACUGCACUCAAGCGUGCUCGUAAGGAGAAAGGCCUCACAUCGGCGCGAGAUACUACGCAUGUCUCGGACGAUGAGAUGAGCGAACCUGGGUGGUAUCGGAGGGACGCUGCCACAUCGGCCGUUCGCCCUGCAGGCUCACAGUUCGAGACUGGCAGCGAAUAUACGAGGUCGCCAUCGCCCGCAGCAAGUCGUGGCUUCCAAGCCGUGAACGCAAGCAAGCCACCUAGUGACAUGCGCAUCAAUGACCUGCUUAACCACGAAGCGCCACCUGUAGAAUCGCCCUCAGCUACAACCAAGAAGGGUCCUGGACGAGGCAACUGGCGACGCAGCAAGCAUAAGCAGGAAACCGUGCCAUUGGCAGUACGAGGCACGGAGAGCGCACAUCAUGUCCCAUUGCUGCCCAACAACGUCCCACUGAGUUUCGUCAACGAAGCUCCGCUCUCAUCAAUACAGCCAGCCACUCCUGGGUCUGGAGGCUUUGGCGCAUACAGCAACGGCAUGUCACAUAUAUCGCCACAGCAGAACGUUCCUUUCCAUGCGACUGGACGCGAUCAUGUUCCAACACCAUCCUACCAAGCUCAGAAGCGCAAUCGUGGCGUUACGCAACACCAGUCUGCGCUCAUGAGUCACCGCAAGGCGCAGAUCGAUUACAUGCUUGAUCGACGGUUACGCAUUGAGCAUGCUCGUGCACGGAAGGUUCGCGAAGCAGAAGGCGCGAUCUUGCGAGCCUGGAAACGGAUACGAUACAUGCCGGCUGAGUACGACAGCGAAGAAGAGAUCAUCCGUGUGCGUAAGCUGCGAGAUCGCUCCGACAAGGACGAUGACUGGCGCAUGAUGCGAGGCAAGGAUGUUUCGGAAGCGCUCGAAGACAUCGAGACUUUGCGCAGGCCAAAGGUGCUUCUGGCCGGCAUGGCAACCGUACGGGAAGGCGAAGCCGGUCUCGACAUGGGUGAGGAACCGAAAGCCAUGGCGAAAACACUUCGUAAAGCUGGUAGACGGCUCGAGCGGUGGCAAGACAACUCUCUGCCCGGACAGGCCAUGAUACGGCGGCGACAUCUGCAAGCGCAAGGGUCUUGGCAGCCGCCCCAACGGAGACCAGAUCCGAGACGGCACUCCGGCGCGCAUGAGCCCAACGGCCUGGAUAACGGCCAUGCACCUAAAAGGAGCAUGCCAAAGCAACGGAGCAGUACAGGCCGGGCGAGCGAACACAGAGCUAUGCCUAGUCAGGACAUGGAUGAUCAUAGGACCGGUGGAUAUGAGCCCGACGAUGACGAUAGAGUUGGCGAAUUAGACGAGGAGGAAAGAGAGCUUCUUGGCGAAGUCGACGCAACUGACGAGGACGAAGACGAGGAUGAGGAGAUGGGGGAGGAUUGA